CAGCCACAUUCAUCCCUACCUUAAGCAGCCACUCACCCACCCACAAAAAUAAAUAAAGAAACAAACAAAAGAACCGAAAUUAUGAAGAAAAAAAAAAUAAAAAAAAUUCAUUAAAAGGAAACAGAAGACGGGGGAGCAAAAGCUAAUAGAGAAACACUGAGCCGAAAUCAAACCCAAAACAAGAGGAAAUAGAAGAGCACCCAACUCAGCAAAGUUGGGUUCUUUAGGACUUUCAAAAUUUUGGGCUUUUCUCUCUUUAUAUAAAUAUAUAUAUUGAAUAUAUUUUAAAAUUAAAGUUUUCUCUUUUGGGUUGUGUUUGUAGAAAUUUUUGGAACUUUGUUGGAAGAAUUUAGAGAUCUAUAGCUGCAAAAAAUAAUCUGAAUGGCACAACCAGGACCGGGUACAAUGGACCCUGCCAUACUAGAUGACAUUAUCAACAGGUUAUUGGAGUCUCGGCACGCCAGGCCGGUCAAGCAGGUCCAGCUCAUGGAGAGCGAGAUCCGCCAACUAUGUACGGCUUCCAAGGAAAUCUUCCUCCGACAACCCAAUCUUCUUGAGCUCGAAGCCCCCAUCAAGAUCUGCGGUGACAUUCAUGGGCAGUAUUCGGAUCUUUUGAGGCUUUUUGAGUACGGGGGUUUUCCUCCCAAUGCUAAUUAUCUAUUCUUAGGAGACUAUGUCGACCGUGGCAAACAGAGUUUGGAAACUAUUUGCCUCUUGCUUGCAUAUAAAAUUAAGUACCCUGAGAACUUCUUUCUUCUAAGAGGAAAUCAUGAAUGUGCUUCGAUUAACCGGAUUUAUGGAUUUUAUGAUGAAUGUAAACGGCGGUUCAAUGUCAGGCUUUGGAAGACCUUUACUGAUAGUUUUAACUGUCUUCCAGUAGCUGCUCUCAUAGAUGAUAAAAUAUUAUGCAUGCACGGUGGCCUUUCUCCUGAUUUAACACAUUUGGAUCAGAUUAGGAAUUUACCUCGUCCAACUGAUGUUCCAGAUUCUGGUUUGCUUUGCGAUUUACUUUGGUCAGAUCCUGGUAGAGAUGUCAAAGGCUGGGGAAUGAAUGACCGUGGAGUCUCAUACACUUUUGGUGUGGAUAAAGUUGCAGAGUUUUUAACUAAGCAUGAAAUGGACCUUGUUUGUCGUGCCCAUCAGGUUGUUGAGGAUGGGUAUGAAUUCUUUGCUGACAGGCAGCUUGUUACAAUAUUUUCUGCUCCUAAUUAUUGUGGUGAGUUCGAUAAUGCUGGUGCAAUGAUGAGCGUUGAUGAAAGCUUAAUGUGCUCUUUCCAAAUUCUCAAGCCAGCUGAAAAAAAACCUAGGUUUGGUUCAACAAUGAUGUGAAGACUGUCUAGCCUUCAUUCCUCUUAUGAUUGCAAGUGAUUAAAAAAGUUUGAAGGCAGAAGAAUAAUGGAAUUAAAAAGAUGGAUAUCUUCAUCAUCAUCACCAUGCAAGUUGAGAUGAGUUUUUUGUUCAAAUUGUUGUGUUAUAUGGUAGGAGAACUGUGACUUCUCAAGUUUAAAAAAGGGUCAACUAUUUUUAGGGAAGUGGCUGUCAAGAAAGAAAGCCUCUAAUUUCACACGCUCCUUAAUUAGUACUACUUUCUCAAAUAUUUUAUGGUGCUUGCUGCAUAUAACAUUUGAUUUGUAAAUGACUGCACCUGUAGUCGAUGAACAUUGAACCCCCUUCUUUGCCAAGCUGUUUCACUCUCUAAAAUCUUCAUACUUUUUUAUCA